CGGCAUCGAACCGCGCCUUCGAGAAAAAAAGAAGGAUCAAAUUCCUCUCUGAUAACGAAAGAUCGAACGAAUCCAUUUCUUCUUCCUCCGCUAAUUCCUUCCUUCUCCGCGAUCAGCAGUCGUAACCGAAGCAGAAAGAUCUCCGCCAUGGACGCGUUCUUCGGCUCUCAAUCCACUUCGAGGAGUCGCUGGAGCUACGACUCGCUCAAGAACUUCCACCAGAUCUCUCACGUCGUCCAGGCUCAUCUCAAGCAGGUCUAUCUGACACUGUGCUGUGCACUGAUUGCAUGCGGGAUAGGGUCCUACUUGCAUAUCCUAUGGAACAUCGGAGGUCUUUUGACGACUUUCGCUUGCUUGGGAUCUAUGGCCUGGCUGAUGUCUACGCCUUCAUAUCAAGAGCAAAAGAGGGUGUCCCUUUUGAUGACAGCUAGUGUGCUUCAGGGGGCUUCUAUUGGUCCUCUGAUUGAGCUAGCUAUUGAUAUUGAUUCAAGUCUCAUCAUCACAGCCUUUGUGGGGACAGCCAUCUCGUUUGGUUGCUUCUCCGCAGCUGCCAUGGUGGCAAAGCGUAGAGAGUAUCUCUACCUUGCUGGGUUGCUCUCCUCUGGCCUUUCUAUUCUUUUCUGGCUGCAGUUUGCAUCCUCCAUCUUUGGAGGCUCUGCAUCUGUCUUCAAGUUUGAGCUGUACUUUGGGCUACUGUUGUUUGUCGGCUAUGUCGUAGUUGACACACAGAACAUCAUUGAGAGAGCUCAUGUUGGUGAUCUGGAUUACGUGAAACACGCCAUUGAGCUGUUUACCGACUUCGUCAGUAUCUUUGUCCGGAUUCUCAUAAUCAUGGUGAAGAACUCGAUGGAGAAGGAGAACGAAAAGAAGAAGAAGAAGAAGAGAAGAGAGUAGAUUAUGGAGUAGCCGCCUUGAUGAUGGGAGCAUGUGCGCAAAAACGCCGUCGUGUUACUUGGAGCUUUUUCUCGUGGGAUCUUGUGGUUCUGACUCUGACAUCACCUGUCUAGAAACAUAUAACCUUCGUUGCCAUCUCCUCUUUCCCAGUUCGCACACGUUUUGCUUUCAGCACACGGUAUUAUAAAUAACAUAAGUGAUACACCAUUAAUCAAGGAUCUGUAACCCU